AUGCUGAUAGCGUUCGAGCACAAUCCUCACUGUCCUACGUGCGGUCUUUCUGUCUCCGAGGUAGACAGCAAGAUGCAGGAUGAGCUGGCUGAAAUGCUGACGCGCAACAUGCAUCUUGGUGUUCAGCCGGCCCUCGACGUAUCCAGCCCUCCAACACCGCAAGUGGUACCCCAAACGGCGCCGACCUAUAUCAGCCAACAUUACCAUCAUUCGUCUCACAUGGUGGCCGCUCCCGCGAUGGAGGAAACCCAGACUUCGACUAUAUUGAAAACGGCAGGUGUGAAUGCAGACGCACUACUCCCAUCACAGUUACAGUUAUUCAAGAAUGCACUGCCCGAUCAGAAGGAGAGACUGGUCGAGCUCUGGCGAAUUGCCCCUCCGACAUAUGGUGGUCAAGUAAGCCAAAUGGGCAAUUGGCCUCAGACAAGCAUGGAAUCGGAAGAGGAGGCCGCCCAGCAGAGAUGGGAGAAGCAAGAGCAACAUAGAUUGAAGAAUUUGAGUGUACUUCCGAGUCAGGAAAAGAGAGAGACAGAGCCGUACAUGGUAGAUGAAUAUGGUUCUAGCAUGAAUGUCGAGAACAGUUCAAAGGAAUACAGAUCUGCCACAGAUCCUGUACAUAAUCGGGAACGAGAAUGGUGGCACAUGGCCGAGGAGCCGAUGGAGCAUCAAUAUGGAAUGCUACAGCAGUAUGGCAUGAUGCAUGGUUUCUGCGGUGUUGAGGAUAACGACAACAUGAUGCUGUAG